CACGUUGUUGCGGUUAUUUGGCGACUACGACUGCUUUUGCUAUACUGCACCUGAGGAAAUGAAUUUUGUGAACGAAGGGAUUAUUCUAAAGGUUGUUUUAGUGUUUACAUUUUUUACGCGUGGCUUGCUUUGGACUUACAGAGAGGAGCCAGAUGAUCCAGACAGAGAAGUCUGCUCGGAAAAUAAAAUUGUCACAACUAAAUAUCCCUGCAUAAAACCUACUGGGGAGUUGACUACAUGCUACAGAAAGAAAUGCUGUGAGGGGUUCAAGUUUGUGCUGGGACAGUGCAUUCCAGAAGAUUACGACGUGUGUGCGGGGGCCCCCUGUGAGCAGCAGUGUACGGACCACUUCGGCCGGGUCGUGUGCACUUGCUACGCUGGCUACCGCUACGACAGGGAGCGCCACAGGAACAGAGAGAAGCCCUACUGCCUCGACAUCGAUGAAUGUGCCAGUAAAAAUGAAUCUGUGUGCUCCCAAACCUGCAUUAACCUUCCUGGGAGUUACAGGUGUGAGUGUGAGAAAGGUUACUUCCUGGAGGACGAUGGCAGAACGUGUACAAAGGGGGAACGAGCAAGUCACUUUCAGAAGUCAGAUAACGUCAUGAAGACUGGAACGUGUUCAGCUACGUGUGAGGACUUUCAUCAGAUCAAGACGACAGUGCUUCAGUUGAAACAAAAGAUUGCUCUUUUGCCAAUCAGUGGUGAAAUAAACAAGCAGAUGACCAGCGAUAAAAUGAUGACAUCACACUCAUAUCUACCUGGGCCGCCUGGGCAACCUGGCCCACCAGGGCUCCCAGGGCCAAAAGGCUCCCCAGGACACCCGGGGCUGAUGGGACCCCCCGGACCUGCGGGCUCCCGGGGGCUGAUGGGACCCAUGGGGCCGACGCCGGACAUGUCCCACAUCAAACAGGGCCGCCGAGGCCCCGUGGGUCCUCCUGGAGCACCUGGAAAAGAUGGCAUGAAGGGGGAUAGAGGUGCUCCCGGACUCCCUGGGCCUCCAGGUCCACCUGGUUCCUUUGACUUUCUGCUGCUGCUGAUGGCUGACAUCCGCAACGACAUCGCCGAGCUGCAGAACAAAGUGUUCGGCCCGCGGACCCAGACAUCAGGGGAGGAGUUCCCCAUGGCUCCAGAUAACUGGAAAGAGAACCAGGACGCCACAGACAUGGGGUCAGGCGAGGACUACAGACAGAAGGGGGCAGCAAAGAGCAGCAAGAGAAGGAAAUCGACGCGGACCUUAACGGAUCCUGAUUGGACGAUCUGAGAUGCGUU